UUGGCGAAAAAGUAUAAAACGUCAUUAUAGAUAUUAUAUUAGUGAUUCAGUAUAUUUUAUGUCUUUUAAAUGGAAACUUUAAGGUGGUCAUUUCAGAUAGUGUUGUCAAUAUCCUCUAAAAUGUGGAAAUAUGUUUGUUUUCAAUUCAGAAAAUGUACUAGGAAAAUUCUUCAGCACCAAGUUAUAAGAUAUGAUAUAGUUCCUUUAUCACCAUUAUCGAAACAUAGGUUAAGCAUUGUUAAAAGAAAAAUUCUUGUUCUGGAUUUGGACGAAACGUUAGUACACUCACAUCAUAAUGGUGUCGCCAGACAAAUAGUAAGACCAAAAAUGCCGCCUGAUUUUAUAUUGGACAUUGAAAUUGAGAGGCAUCCUGUUCAAUUUUUUGUGCAUAAGAGACCACACGUUAGCUAUUUUUUAGAUAUAGUGUCCAAAUGGUACGAAUUAGUGAUUUUUACUGCAAGCAUUCAAGCAUACGGUACAGAAGUAGCCGAUAUAUUAGACGCUGGUAAAGGUAUCCUAUCGAGAAGAUUUUACAGGCAACAUUGCACACAAGAAAUUGGUUCCUAUACUAAAGAUUUAAGUACUGUCAGUGAUGAUCUUUCUAGCAUUUUCAUAAUAGAUAAUAGUCCAGGUGCAUAUAGAGCAUAUCCAAAUAAUGCAAUUGCUAUAAAGUCAUGGUUUUCUGAUCCGACAGAUAUAGCUUUACUGAAUCUUCUACCGUUACUAGAUGCUCUCAGGUUCACGUCAGAUGUGAGAUCUGUAUUAUCGAGAAAUUUACAUUUGAACAAACUGUCAUAGAAUAUAAAAGUGUCUGUGUGAAAUUGUACCAAUUGCUUUCCUGCCGCUAGUUGUAUACUGAUCAAUAGAAAAGAGUAAAUAUUACUUUGUCUUAAGAGAAAAUAUUUUUUAAUAAAAAG